GUCGAAGGACGUAUGGAGCCAGUAUGUUUUUGUCUUCGACGUCGCGCGCGCGUCUACUCGACGCGAGAACGAAUAAUUUACGUGCGUUCGGAUUCUAUGUGAAUGAACUAAUACUGAUUUAAGUUUACAAGGAACUUAAACACAGUGCCGAAGUUUACGUGUUUUUAAGUUUACGACGUUUAAUCAUGUGAUAUACGAACAUACAAACAUGUUCAUUGUUUAAGUGUAACAGUGGGGGUUAAAUAAAGUGUUUUGUUGAUCGAGAAAUUAAAUUGAUUUCCUGAUGUUUUGUAGCAGAUAAAUAGUGGUCAUGGAGAGCCGAGUGGGCCUGGAUUACAUCGUGGAGCAUGCUGAAUACGCUGGUAAAUUGGCAGCAGCCCUCACAUCGCCUGCUGCACCAGUCAAGAAGCAGGUGUUCGAGCUGCUGUCUGCAUUGUGUGUGUAUAAUGCAGAUGGAUACGCGAGAGCUGUAGACACACUUGACCGCUAUAAGACCUUAAAAAAUGAGAGGUACCGUCUAAACGUGGUGGUUGAAGAGUUGAAGAAUGCUGCCACCACUGAUUACAAGACGGCGCUGGUUGCCUUCAUCAACUGCCUCAUCAUCUCAGCUCCGAGGCUACCUGACAGGAUCAGGGUCAGAAACGAAUUCAUUGGUCUCGAUCUUCUGCCAACACUAAAUAAUUUAAGACACGAAGCAGCAAGUCAGCCAGACCUUGGCGUCCAACUCGAUGUGUUCGAGGAACAAAGGGAGAGCGACGAAGCCCAAGGACCAGGAGGGAUCAAUCUCAAUUCACACCUGGAUGUAUUCUACGCAAUACUCAAACAGGUAGCAGAUACACCUCAAGAGAUACCGUUCUUGAGCAUUCUGCAGCAUCUUCUGCGUAUAGAUCCUAAGGAACCUGUCAGCGAUAUAGUAUGGGAUACAGCAGAAACUCUAGUCCACCGAGCCACAUUGUUGGAGAGCAGGGAAGAUGCUGCGAAACUCCUCAGAGCUCCUAGUGUACAGGCAAAAAUGGGAUGUGCAUGUCAGCACAGAGAUGUAUCCGCGGCUGGCAGGAAGCAGAGUCUGCAGCGGGCACUAUCCCCCCCGCCUCCGCCCCCGCCCCCCGCGCCCGUCGCUCCACCCAUGGCAGUCAUCCCCCCUCCGCCGGCGCCGGUGAUGCCCCCGCCUCCCCGCGCCCCACCACCCCCACAGCUGCCCCCGCCGCCAGGCCCCGCGCCCCCUGCGCCCCCUGCACCACCUGUGCUCGACGUCAGACUCCCGCAGCAGGAGACUCCGAUACCCAAAACCAAGAUGAAGACCAUCAAUUGGAACAAAAUACCCAACAACAAAGUAAUCGGACAGAACAACAUCUGGGCAAUAGUGGCGUCCAGUCACAAGCACUCGCCGAAAACUGAACUAGACUGGAGCGAAAUCGAGGGGCUGUUUUGCCAGCAGGUUCAACCAACAGGAUCAGCAGGCUCCUCCCCUCGUCUCGGACGGAGCCCAAUAUGCGACAGCUCCGGUGAGAGAAAACCGAGGAAGGAAUCUUCUGAAAUAACUCUCUUAGACGGCAAAAGAAGUUUAAAUGUUAACAUUUUCUUAAAACAAUUCCGAAGUUCCAAUGAGGAUAUAAUCCAACUGAUUCGUGAAGGAUCUCACGACGAUAUUGGAGCUGAAAAAUUAAGAGGUCUUCUAAAAAUCCUGCCCGAAAUAGACGAAUGCGAAAUGCUAAAAGCAUUUUCUGGAGAUUCGACUAAACUGGGAAAUGCUGAGAAAUUUCUGUUGCAACUGAUUCAAUUGCCCAGCUAUAAACUCCGUAUUGAGUGCAUGUUGCUAAAAGAAGAAUGGCCAUCAACAGCAGGUUAUUUAGAAAGCGCUAUCAAUGCUAUUUUAGUGGCAGGUGAUGAUCUGAUAUCUUCAAGAGCAAUACAGGAAAUCUUAUACAUAGCACUCAUAGCAGGAAACUUUUUAAAUGCUGGAGGGUACGCGGGGGGUGCUGCAGGGGUGAAGUUAUCAUCCCUACAGAAAUUAUCUGAUAUUAGAGCCAAUAAACCUGGAAUGAAUUUGAUGCACUAUGUCGCUAUGCAAGCGGAACGCAAAAACAAAGAACUAGUCCAUUUUGCUGAUGACACACGAGUUUUGGACGAAGCGGCUAAAGCAAGUGUGGAACAGUUGCACAACGAAAUCAAAACCUUGAGCAAUAGGAUCGAACAAUUGAAGAAGGAAAUUCAACUGCCAACCACACAGCAAGAUAUUAAGGACCAAAUGGGAAAUUUCUUACAGGUCGCUGAACAAGAAGUGUCGGCCCUAAAUAAAGACAUGGAAGAAGUGGAAAGCAUGAGGAAACAGCUAGCUGAUUUCUUUUGUGAAGAUCCCGUGUCAUUCAAGCUAGAAGAGUGUUUUAAGACGUUUGCGACGUUCUGCGGCAAGUUCCGGUCGGCGGCACGCGACAACGCGCGGCGUCGCGCGCACGAGGAGCAGGCUGCCGCACGAAGACGAGCACGUGACCUCGCCGCCGCGCGCCCGCGCCCCACGCCCGGUGGAGGCAGUGUCUGCAGUACGCCAGUGUCCGAGUGCGAGUCACUGAUGGAAUCUCUACUAUUAGACAUAAGGAAUGGCCUCGGAAGGAGAUCAUUGAGAAAGUCGCAUGAUCCUUCGCCGUCUCCAGACGUGACGCCGACGGGCAGCCUGCGCCGCCGCAGCCGCGCGAGCCCGGCGGAGCACGAGGAGGCGCUGCUGGAGUUCCUGCGGCACGCCGCGCCCGACCCCUCGCGCGAGCGCAGCGCCUGGGGCAGCCUCGAUCGGUCAUGGUCCCGACGAGGUCCAGUUCGAGCACGGCUCGAGAUUCCCGAACGCGAGCGAGAACGAGAAAGAGAACACGAACGGGAACGCGAAAGGGAACGAGAACGGGAAUCAGAACGCGAACGAGAAUCAUCACCUCGAACGCCCGCAUCUCCCGCACCGCGACAAGAAGAUGCUGGAGCGCCGAAACCUAAGGAAUGGCGACAAAAAAUCGAAUCGUGGCUGCGUGCGAACAGCCAAGAAGAACAACGAGAUGCCGAACUACGAGAGAGAGCGCGCCGACUGCAAGCCAACCGGCGGUCCUUGGAAAACGAUUCCGAGAGCGAGUCCCGUGCGGGCGCGGCGCUGGCCCCGCUGGCGGAGGCUCGCCCCGAGUGGCGUCCGCACCGCGCCGUGCUGCGCGACAGCGACGUCGUGCGCACGCUCGAGACCGUCGAGGAUGUACAACCACCGAAAAAAGACAGGGUUCCAUGGAGAAAGACUGAGGAAAACGAGGAGAUGAGACGACUCAGGAGACAACGUUCCAGACAGCAUAUAGAAGCCCCACAGUCUCUAGUAUCGAUCACGGAAGAAGAGAAGAGGAAACUUCCGGAUAUUAAAGUGACUAGUGAUAAAGAUAUCAGAAUAGAGCGAACGGACAGGGAAAUCGACGCGGACAAUAUAGAAACACCGCCGGCCCAAAGAAAAUUCUUUAAUCCUCCACCGGAAAAAGAACCUUGUCGAAAAUUCCAACCGUCUUUAUCCAAAUUCAAUCAGAAUGACAAAGCAACGAAUGAAAUGAAGGACUUGUGUCAGGAGAUUUUAGGGGAUGGUCAAUUUGAUAGAUUUUCGGCUGCAAGGAGAACAAGAAGAUAUAAGAGAAACAACGAUUCAAGUUCACCAGAAGAUGAUAAAAAAUCUGAAAGUCCUACUGAACUAGUGGCAGAAACACAAGUUAUUAGACCUUCCAAACUUGAUAUUCAAGCAUCAUAUCCUGUUGAAGCUCCGCAAGAAGUAGCAAAACCUAUAGAAGUAGUAACGAAAGAUGAGAAAGAAAACAGGUUGAAACGUUGGCAAGACAGACUUAAAAACCAAAGUACAGCAUCGACUCCAACCAAAGAAACUAAACCACAAUACUCUAGAAUGAGGCGGCAGACUUCCAUCAAUCAAGAGGACGUUCAAAAAGCAAUAAGAGAAUUAAAAUCACCGACGGAAUCGCCUGCUGGUGUAUGGUCUAGGAAUACUUAUAGGAAAUCAAUGAAUGCCAAAAUUGAGAGAGCUCCUGAACGGACUACAUCACCGCGAAUUCCGAAAGUCAAAAGUGAGCAUGAGCUGAACGAUGAAGGAUUUGAGGAAACUCAAAGUCUAAACUCCGAAAGUGCAUCUCAAGGAGCGUCGUCUGGAUGCAAUGUUGAAUGUGACUCUCCUCCCCCAAAAAUGACUAAAUCCCCUGUCGUUCCAAAGAGAAUUUCGACCAAAGAAACAAGAACACCUCCACGGACGCCAGUAGAUCCGAAACGUGUGGUACCUAAACGGGCGAAUUCUUUAAGAGUUGAGAGAUCCACGUCUCGAGCGUCAUUGCGCAGUUCUAGAAGUUCUUUGAACAGUGCAGCGUCUGUCGCUACCGUUAAAAAGGCUCCUGCUCCAGUGAAGCCUGCACCGAAGCCAAUUCCAAAGCCCAUAUCUAGAAUGCCAGCAUCUAGAUCGUCCUCAUCAGGCAGUUCAGUUGGAACUGCUCGGCCUCCUUUAAAGACAACAAGUAGAACUUCAGGAUUCAUGAGGCCUACUCAAGCUUCUAAAGGCAGAGGCUCUCUGACUGCACAACCAAUUGUUAAAACUAACGUGAAGUAAUUCUCUACCAAUAAACAACAAUUUCAGUCAGUUUAAUUUCUAAAAAGAACGAUUCGAGUGCCUUUUAACUGUUUUGGAUAACACUCUGAACACAUUUUGCUUGUGAUUGUGAAAUUUUCUACUUGCACUUCAAUUUUUGAUAGACGUUCGUGUGAAGUUUGUAUUUUAAUAACUUGAAGUGAAUUUUAAAUUUACGAAUUACUCUUGUCGAAUGUAAGGAUUUCAAAUUUUUAAUUUCUAGUCUGGACUGAAAGCCAUAGCAAUUUAGAGACGAUACUUUCGAAUAUUGGUGUUUAAAAUACUUCUUGGUCUGUU